GAAAACACGGGACUGGGCUGCUGGAAAACACUUGUGAUUGAGAAGUUCAACAAUUAAGCGCUUAGAACCUUCGGAAAUUUCUCAACAAAUCUACACAGCACAAGCAAUGGCUCAACAGACAUUUCACCUAUUUCUGCAGCACGUGUCUGCUUUUGCUGUCAUGGCUCUUCUCAUGACUUUGAGUGGAGAGUCCACAGAGAUGCCACAGGGUAGUUUGUCUGCGGCACAGAACCAUUCAGCAACGUUGGAGAACUCUACUUCUAGCCAAGAACUUGAGAUGCCAAGACUUCUGAAGUUGCAGAGAUCUUGCACAUCAGAGCACACAGACUUUUGUGUAAAUGGUGAUUGCCAUUACACCCCAGACACAGACACACCGAGCUGUAGAUGCCCUUCCACGCAUGUUGGGGUACGUUGUGAGCACCUGGCACUGAAUACAAACUCUCAGAACAAAACCACUACAGAGGAGAUCAUUGGCAUCUGCCUAGGUGUGGCGUUGCUGCUUGGCUGUCUCACUGGCGCCAUCUACUGUUGUGUGAAGAGAAGAUGUAAGACGGAGACUCUUCCAUAUAAAACCUGUGAUGGCAAAGAAAAUGUUUGACUGAUCCCUACACUUCAUUGCACUUCACUUGUUUCACUGAACUUAUUUAUUAAUAAAUUAAUUGUCAUGUAUUAGAUAUUUAAUAUUCUAAUAAAGUUACUAAAUAUACUUGC